GCAUAUUCUUUCCAUGUUCAUGUUCAUCAUACCCCUAUCAUUACUUGCCAUCUUCUUCUGAGUCUCGUCAAUUUUCAGAUAGAUCUUUCCUUUUUGCUCCCUCAGACUUUAGAUCCUGCAGAUCGUGUAUAAUUUCAUCAAAAAAUGUCGACAGCAAAGCCCGUGGGUUCUGCGAAGGCAUACAAUCCGGAACUCAAUGAAGUUUUCGAUCUCUAUGGUCCAACUAUAGAUCGUCUGGCUUGUGCCGAAGCAUUGAACGUUCACGAGGCCAAGACAAUUGCGAAGUCAUACGCAAAUACGAUCAAGGACGAUUUGGAAUACCUUCGCUGUAUUGUUGCUGUUGGUGGUAACACGAUUACCAAUCGAUGGAGAAAAAAGUCUGGUGGCAAAAGCGACAAAACUUUACAGUCAGCUUUCCCUCGUAUAUUUUCUACGAAAUGAAACAUAGUUCAUGUCCACUACGAUUAUGAAGAUAUUACAUGGCAACCGACGAGAGGGUUUCGAGAUGCUUUGUUGAUACCUUGGCUUAAUCUUGAGACAUGAGAGAUAAUCCAUACAAGCUAUUGGCACUUUUGCAAGCGCGCACAAAAUAUUCUCCAGAACAAUGGGUAGCAUUCGAUAGCCAUUCAAUGAAUGUAAUGUGGGGGAGACGGGAGGACUUCGCA